AUGGCAGACGUUGAAGAUGAAAAGGCAAGUGGUGAUGGUUCUGACGAGAAACCAGAAGAAAUACCGGAACCUGAACCACCCAAGGUUCCUGACGUGGAGCUUGUUGUCGAUGGUUUUGGUUUCAUGCCCAAGGACUACCCUCGAAGGGCACACAGCAGGUCAUCUAACGUAUUUACGAAAUCACCAAAAAUUUUAAAAGAAAUUAAAGGAGCAGAAGCCGAACAAAGCCCUUGUGCAUCUAGUACUAAUAUUGAUAUUGUGAGAAGGUAUACUUGGAAAACAAGAAAUAGAAUGACUGUACAGAUCAUCACAUAUGGAGCAACAAUUACGUCAAUUCAAGCACCUGAUCGUAAAGGGGUACCGGAUGAUGUAGUAGCAGGAUUUGAUACUUUAGAAGAAUAUUUUCAAUCAAGAAAUCCAUACUUCGGCGCAACAAUAGGACGAUAUGCAAACUAUAUACGCGAUGGCACAAUGGUGGUAAGGCCUUCGGGGAGAAUGUAUAUGUUAUCUACGAAUCGAGGACAUAACCACUAUCAUGGGGGCUAUAUGGGAUUUGAUAAGGUUAACUGGCGGUCCUACGUUAUUGGAAAUAAGGUUAUCAUGAGUCAUGUGUCUGAUAGAUUCCAAGAAGGGUAUCCUGGUACUUUGAUGGCUCAAAUUGCAUUUGAAGUUACCUGCGAUAACACGCUUAAGAUUGAAAUGAAGUGCACAACAAGUGAACCGACGAUAGUGAAUCUUAGUAUGUCACCAUACUUUAACUUAGGUGGUCAUCACGCAGGCAAUGAAUCAAUGUACGAUCACAUUUUCACAAUAAAUGCGGAUAAAUAUACAGCAGUGGACGACGACGGGCUCGUAACAGGUGAAAAGAAAAUUGUUGGAGCUACAGCAUUUGACUUCCGCAUACCACGAGUAUUAAGAACGAUGUUGCCGAAGAUACCUCAAGGCGGCUAUGACCUCAACUACUGUAUAACACAAGGAACUGAACAAGAUCUAACCUUCCAAGCUCGAAUACUCCAUCCCGUAUCAGGCCGUGUACUAGAGGUAUACAGUAACCAGCCAGGCAUGCAGUUUUACACCGGCAAUCUGCUUCCAGAUCCUGAUAAAAUUGUUGAGAACGGUGAAGAGGCCGGAGAAGUCAGCAAGGAAGCAAGUGAGGGUGAUAGUGAUUCGAGCAGUAGAACAAGUGCGAAUGGAGAAGAAGCGAAUGAGGAGGAGAGUGAGGGUAAAAAGAGCUACGGAUAUGUGCCAUUAAAGGGCAAGCAGGGAACAUAUUAUAAGAAGCAUGGACUAUUCUGCGUGAUGCCACAAAACUAUCCCGAUGCAGUUAACAAUAGAAAUUUCCCGAACUCCGUCUUAAACCCAGGCGAAGUGUACGUCCACCGAAUACAAUACAAAUUUGGUAUACUCCUUGGUAAAUAUGUCUGA